GGCGCCUGGAUGCGCGGGCUGUAGGGUGGCGGGCAUGGCCGACAAGCGGCGGUCCUCGCCAGGCACCACCAUGAGCCUCAAGGCUCACGCCUUCUCCGUGGAGGCUCUCAUCGGGGCCGAGAAGCAGCAGCAGCAGCAGCCGCCGCCGCCUCCGCGGCAGCCCAAGCGGCGGAAGCUGGGCGGCGAGGACGAGGCGGCGGAGGACGAAGGGGGCAGCGGCUGCUGCACCAAGAACUCCCCCGCCGCUGCCACCGGCAGGACCUGCGGCGACCUGGACCUGGGCUGCGCCGCCCGCGCCCCCGCCGGCGGCUGCGAGGAGAGCUUCCUGGCGGCCUCCCCGCCCGCCUCCCCCGGCGGCUCCCCCAAGAGCUCACGGCCCGGCUCGCCGCUGCCCACGCCGCAGGCGCCGCGGGUGGACCUGCAGGGCGCCGAGCUCUGGAAGCGCUUCCACGAGAUCGGCACCGAGAUGAUCAUCACCAAAGCGGGAAGGCGGAUGUUUCCUGCAAUGAGAGUGAAGAUCUCAGGUUUAGACCCACAUCAGCAGUAUUAUAUUGCUAUGGAUAUCGUGCCAGUGGAUAACAAAAGAUACAGGUAUGUUUAUCACAGUUCCAAGUGGAUGGUGGCUGGUAAUGCUGACUCCCCAGUGCCGCCUCGUGUUUAUAUUCACCCUGAUUCACCUGCCUCAGGGGAGACGUGGAUGAGACAAGUGAUCAGCUUUGACAAACUGAAGCUUACCAAUAACGAGCUGGAUGAUCAAGGGCAUAUUAUCCUUCACUCUAUGCAUAAAUACCAGCCUCGUGUGCACGUCAUCCGAAAAGACUGCGGUGAUGAUCUGUCCCCUGUCAAGCCCAUCCCUUCGGGAGAAGGGGUGAAAGCCUUCUCCUUCCCAGAGACAGUUUUCACUACUGUCACAGCAUACCAAAACCAACAGAUAACUCGUCUGAAGAUCGAUAGGAAUCCAUUUGCUAAAGGCUUCAGAGAUUCGGGCCGUAACAGAAUGGGGCUGGAAGCUCUGGUAGAGUCUUAUGCCUUCUGGAGACCUUCACUGAGGACCCUUACAUUUGAAGACAUACCUGGGAUACCCAAACAAGGAAAUGCAGGUUCCUCUACUUUACUCCAGGGAUCUGGCAGUGGAGUGCCAUCUACCCACCCUCACCUUUUACCGGGUUCCCCUUGCUCAUCUCCAGCCUUCCACCUCAGUCCCAACACUAGCCAGCUGUGUACCCUUGCUCCAGCUGACUACACAGCUUGUGCCCGCUCAGGCUUGGCCCUGAACAGAUACAGCACUUCCUUGGCUGAGACCUACAACCGGCUCACAAACCAGACUAGUGAGACCUUUGCACCCCCAAGGACUCCCUCCUAUGUCGGUGUGUCGAGCAGCACAACUGUGAAUAUGUCUAUGAGUGGCAAUGAUGGGGACGCAUUCAGCUGCCCGCAGACUGGCUUAUCCAUGCAGAUUUCAGGGAUGUCUCCACAGCUCCAGUACAUCAUGCCUUCCCCAUCCAGCAAUGCCUUUACCACUAACCAAACCCACCAAGGCUCCUACAACACGUUUAGACUGCACAGUCCCUGUGCGCUCUAUGGAUAUAACUUUUCCACAUCCCCUAAACUGGCUGCCAGUCCUGAGAAAAUCGUUUCUUCCCAAGGAAGUUUCUUGGGGUCCUCGCCAAGUGGAACCAUGACGGAUCGGCAGAUGUUGCCCCCCGUGGAAGGAGUGCACUUACUUAGCAGUGGGGGGCAGCAGAAUUUCUUUGACUCUAGGACCCUAGGAAGCUUGACACUCUCGUCUUCUCAAGUGUCUGCACAUAUGGUUUGAUGAAGCCUUUAAGUAAAAGUACAGUAUGUUUGGUGUCUACAAUGUAUUUCUUUUGGAAUAUGAAAGGACACUUGAUGUAGCUUGUAAAGUGUGUGUAUAUAUAAUAUGAGAGGAAGUUUCACUGAAAUUUUGACUUGCUUGUGGCCAGAUUAUUCUCCUAUUUUGAGUUACACGGAGUUUGCUGCAGUGCAGAUUGCUUUAGUUUUCUGGUAUAAUACACUUAGUUGUAUAACACGUUGGGACAUAUGCAACAAAUUAAGUAAGACUUCCUCCCCUUUCCCCCUCCUCUGUUCUAACCCCUUUAAAGAAUGAAGUGACACUUGGAGUAUUAAACAACACAGAAAAGCCCACUUACAUUUCCUAUAGUACUAGUGAGUUUCUUUAAAAACAUUCAUAUAAUAAGCUGAUGCACCAAAGGCAUUUUACAAGUUUAUUCUCUCUUACAAGGGAUACAAAGGGUAUUUGGACUUCUUAGUGUUAAGCAUCAAGCAUCCAGCCUAAACUAGAAGUUUAGCUAAUGGAUUAUUUACAAGGUGAACAGAAAGAUUAGUUUGCCUUCUCAUGAUACGCUGUUUUUAUCUUAUCAACGGCACAGCAUUCUCACUAGGAUUUGCUUUAUUCAGCAUUAGUCUAGAUUUAUGAUUAUAUAUUUGAAGACAAAUAAUGCAUAUUCAAAUUGUGGUGGUAGGAAUAAUUCAAUCCAAGAGCACUAGAAGCAGCAUUCCCUUGUAUGAAAUGAAUGUUGGGGUGCUUAAUUUUUGUCAAAUGUAGGGCUUGAUGCAUUUUUUCCUCCAUAAAUAUUGCCUAUAAGACAUUUACUGGACAGUAGGAUAUUCUAAUGUAUCUUUGUUUUUGUAUUUUUACUUUUUUAAGGGAAAGUGCAGUUUGAUUUAGGAAAAAAAAGUGAGCAGGAUGAUAAAUUCCAUUAUUGGUUUUAGCUGUUUCAUGUGUGUUACGUGUUUUGAGUUUGUUAUUUUUUUUCUUUCGUGUUUGCUUUUUCUUUUUUUUUUUGAAGGCAAAAGCUUCUGCAUCCUCAAUAUUUAAAAAAUACAUCACCUGUAUCAAUUUGGCAGAUGACUCAGUUUGCCCCAAAGUGUUUCUGGAAGCAGAACAUUGUCAUAGCUGCCUUCCUAUUGCUCUGGUUUUGUCCUGCAAUUGGAGAGGUUUCCUCCAUUCACACCUCUGAUUUCUAAAUGGCACUUGUAAGAAUGUAGAUUAUCAUUUGCUCCUGACCAGACUUCUCUAGAAUGACAAGGACACAGGGACACACUUACCAUGGUAACAUUUCUGCCCUCUUCUGCACCUGCACAGCCCAGGUGUUUAUCAGUCCUUCUGCAAAAGCUGCCUCUCAGCUGUCCAUCUGUCAGAGCUGAACCGCAGAGGCUGUGAAAAAAAUUUCAGUGCUUGAGAGAAAAGAUCAUCUCCAACAGUAUGCUAAUUCUCAUUUACACUGUGUGGGUGAUGUAAAGGCAGUCUAAAGCAGGUACAGAUGUAGUUGAAAAUGCUUCCCCAGUUGGCAUUGAAGGAAAUUAAUGUCUUUCAGGUUAAUAUCUGUUGGAUUUUUUUGGUGAAUUUUCAUGUUUCUCAAGUGUUUCUAUAUAUUUUCAGGCAGAUAGUGGGCUUACCCACUCUCACUUCAAAAACAGCUCAUUUCAGCUAAUAUUUCUUCAGUGGGAUGGAGAUAAUACAUGCAGUAACAUCCCUCUUGCUACCUCCGCUUAUCUGGGAAUAAAAUUAAUAGAGAUAAAUAAAAUUUAUUUCUAUUAGUUAUGCAUUUGUUUCUGUUAAAGAUACAUAUAAAGUUCUCAUUCAAAGUUAGAAAGAGAAGAGGAUGCAAUUGAGGUGAUGUGGGCUUGCUUCUUUGCUGUCUUAAACAUUCUAAUUGACCUUUCUGAGUAAACCUAAGUCCACUCAGUCUCUAUCCAAUUCUUUUUCUUCUGAAAAAUGUGAUGAUAGCACUUCUCUUCCUCUGAGGAAAGGGUGACAGUACAUUGAAGAUGAAGAUCAUCUUUACAUUUGCUGUGCUGUGUACAGUAUGCUACCAAGGAAUGGCUGGGUAGUAUUCAUAUAUGAGGGUAAUAAAGAGCAUUUGUGUACUUUGGCUCUGUCACUGGUCUUGGCAGUGCAGUAUCCUUUGAGGCAAACUUCCUAGAAAAGACCUGCAAUGCUAAAAAACGCUAUUCAGACUCAUGCUAAUGGCUUGUGAAAUGGUUCUAAGGUGUGUAGAAGAUGGGAAGAAUUUUCAGCUAUGCAAAUUGCCAUAGCUCUAUUGGUUUAAAUUAAGAAGUAACUUGUGUAUAGUUAUUUCUGCUCUAGCCAAAACUUUGAAAUUUUGCAGUUGGAAAAAGAUUUUAAGUGGAAAGAUGGUACAGUUAAUCCGUACUUGAAAAAGCAUAAGCAGCCAUAUCAACUUAAGACCUGUGACUUGGUAGAAAUGUGGAAGAGCUAAAUUAUGCAUGUUCCUAUAAGGAGAGAAAAAAAAAAGGGUUGUGCAUGGAUGUUCAUGGAGGUGCACCUGUCAAUGUGGUAUCAUGUACUUUAUUGUCUGGGAAUUUUUUAGAACUGGUCUCUUACUUUUCCUCAAAUUGUUCUUGUCGUAUAACCACACAGUAUUGUUUUAUUUGUUCCUUAAAAUUUGAUUCAUAUUGUAAAUACUGGUUUGUCAUUGUGAAAAGACUGACUUUUUAUCAAUACAGUAAAUGCUAUAUAUGCAUUAUAUCUAUAAUUAUAUAUCUGUACUUUACAAAAAUGCCACAGAAAAUAUAUUAAAGUGUGUAUUCAAACACUUUUUACUACAUUUGGAAAACUGA